GCAAUCGCGAUACGUAAUAACUAUUUUCAUUUUGGCUAACUGCCAAUCGACAUAAGGACAUAUCUUAAGAUAUAUUGUAUACUUCCUAUCAAUAUUGAUAAACCUCUUGAAAAUGUUGUACAAUAUAUUGUCAAUGCAAAACAGUUUUGUGGUUGUCAGAACACACGCGAAAUAUUCCAGUUAAAUGUGAUCUUCAUGUGAAAAAUCUGCAAUGGGAAAAUCAUGGAUUACACCGUUCAAAAAACAGUGCUUCGUGACUUUGGGCGUGUCACUUAACGUGGGUGCCCAUGGUAUGACGAAUGGAUACGCAGCUAUCCUGAUACCACAACUACGCCUGCCAGAUUCCAUUAUCCCCAUUAAUGAUGGCAGCGCAUCAUGGAUAGCCGCCAUCUUAGGGUUUGCUUUAGUAGCAGGUAACUUUAUCGUGCCUACUAUUAUGGCUAAAUACGGAAGACGAACUGCCAAUAUUGUUAGUAUUGUUACAAUGAUUGUUGGCUGGUUUUGUAUUGUCACUGCUACCAACAUCACAGCCCUUUUGGUUGCUAGAUUUUUGCAAGGAUCAGCAAUGGGUAUGACUGCAUCUCUUGGUCCAGUAUUAAUAGGAGAAUAUACAAGUCCACAAAAUCGAGGAGCAUUUCUGGCGACAAUAUCUUUAUCAGUCUCAAUUGGCGUUCUAUUUGUACACACACUAGGAUCUUGUUUACAUUGGCAAGUUGCUGGAUUAGUUUGCGCUUGCUUAAUGUUUUUUGAUCUACUUAUUGUAUUAUACUCUCCAGAAACACCAAGUUGGUUGUCUGACCAAGGAAGAUAUGAGGAAAGCGAAAAAGUCUUCAGAUGGUUAAGAGGCGAUAAUGAAGAUGAAGAAUUGAAAAGAAUGAUCGAAUCAAGUAUGAUUACUAAAGAGUCGAGAGCAGCAGUUAAUAUAUCUGAAUCAUUUUCGAAAAGAUUAAGAAAUAACUUAGUAUACUUUACUACGACAAUACAAAAGAAAGAGUUUUAUAAGCCGAUAUUUAUAAUGGUACACAUUUAUACCUUGAGCCAAUGGGGUGGAGCAAAUAUUUUAGCUGCGUACACAAUCGACGUAUUCAGUAACGUUAUUGGGAAUAAAUUUGAUAUCUAUUUGAUGGUCAUAACAUUGGGUACACAACGAAUCAUAUCGAACGCGAUGGCAGUAUAUAUAAUAAAGAAAGUUAAACGAAGGACAAUGUUGUUAGCUACAGUCGGCAUUAACAUAACAGCAUGCUUAACUCUUGCAGCUUAUACGUAUCUAAAAGCACACAAUAUGCUUCCAUUUGACCUUCCAAUAAUAGGAGUACUUUUGAUUCAUAUUCACAUGUUCACAAUUGCCACUGGAACUGUGCCACUUCCAUUUAUAAUAGCCGGGGAGGUAUUCCCACUAGAGUAUAGAAGUUUAGCGGGAAGUAUAAGCAUUUUCUUCCUUUCCGCAAAUUUCUUUAUCAAUGUGAAAACAUUCCCAUAUUUCUUGCAAACGAUAAGCAUAUACGGCGCAUAUUUGGUUUACACUGCUAUUGUAGGAUAUUGUUUAUUAAUUGCGUAUUUCUUCUUGCCUGAAACAAAGGACAGAACACUACAAGAGAUUGAAGAUGAGUUUAGAGGAAGGCCGCUGUCGCCAGAAGAAUUGAAAUCAACUCAAUCGUUGACGGCUAACAGUUACAAUCAAGACAGACGAUGUAGCGCGCCAGCUAUAUAAGAUUAAGUUGUUGAAAUUGUGUAUGUGAUACAUCAUGUUAUGUUUGGAAUACUCCAGAAAAUUGCGGUUUUAGUUCGGUAAUUCGCUUCUAAUCUUUAAUACGAAUCAUGAAGUUCAUCAGUUACAAAUUAUAAACCCCAUUCGAGCUUCUAAAUUAAUCCAACCAAAAGGUAUAGUCAUAUAAAUCUAAAAGUAGACUUUUAAUAACUUUUAAUAAUAUGUUCUGUGGCUUAGAAGCCACAGAACAUAUUAUUACUGUAACAGAUCUCUUUUAACUGUUCUGUGGUCUAUACAUAUACAGAUACCUUUUCUGGCUAUAAGUUUUGCUACAUAUGUAAUCUUCAUUAAACUAAUAUUAGAAAUGAAUACUUUUCGCUUUAAUUCAAUGUUAUGACUUAUUAUCAUUAAGAGAGUUUAAAUAUAUACUAAACUAAUUCGUAAGUCAGGUAUGGAAUUAGGAUUCCAAAUACAUUUCAAUAGGCAUUCCAUGAUCGUGAAUUUUGUAUUGGGAGAUACGUUUGGCAAUAUUGAUUCGGUUGCACUCUGAAUAGCACGAAUCCUAUUGAUGCGAAUAUUAUUUUAAGCGGAAUAGAAAGUAAUUAUUUUAUUAUAUACCCACUUCUGUGCUCAUAGCCAUUGGAACCGGAUAAGAAGUGUUCAAGGCUUUUGAGAAAAUUUUUCUUAUUUUCGUGGUAUAGAAUAACUCGACAUUCUGUUAACAGAUAGUAUGGUGACUAAAUGAACAGAUAAACCCACUUUAUAUUAGGCAUUCAAAUCGUGAGCCGCUAUAGUCAAGUUUACCAGUGGGAGGCUCCUUUGUACAGGAUUCCGGCUAGAUUAUGGGUACCACAACAGCGCCUUUUUCUGCUCUAAUGCAGUGAAAUUAAAGGGCAAAUGACACUUAACAUCUUAUGUUACAAAGGUGACGAGCGCAACUGUAGUGCCACUCAGAGUUUUUGGGUUUAUUAAGGAAUUCUGAGCGGCACUGCAUUGUAAUGGGCAGGACGUAUCAAUCACUAUAAAAUGAAAGUCCUGCUCGUCUCGUCCCUUAAUGUCAUAAAAAGCGUUGGAAAUAUGCCUCCGCCAAAAUUCAUUAUACGAAUAUGAUUUGAAUUUGAAAAUAGUAAUGUUAAUCUUGAGGCUAACUAAAGGGCGAGUCGCUAGUGUGGCUACAAUGAGAACAAAGGCGAAGAAAUGUGACCCUAAUCAACUGAACAUCCCCCCCUUCAUUACAGAACACAACAUGAUACAAGAGAUCUGUUCUGGCGAUAGGAAUAGGGAUUCUAUCACGACUUUUUCAAAUUCCUUUGACAAGAUUAUAAGUAUAACGAACGGCGAUAAAACUAAAGAGUAGGAUUAGUGUAGAGAUUUUGAUUUUCUGUAUUUAUAUAUGGACAAGGUCAUAAAAAGCUCACGAAUGAUUAAGAAACAUGAGUUUAUGUGCAUAAUAUGUCUCACCCAAGGCGAACGGGUGUGAAGCAUCACCUUUCGGUGGCUUCUAAACCACGUUUUUAAAGAUGUUUAAGUCUUUAUGUAUUACAUUUGAUUCAAACAGUGAUAUCUUUAGGAGAAUAAAAUGUACUACAUAUGUAGUUUAUCUGAAAUGUUGUAAAUAGUAUUAUUAUAAUAAAGGUAUGCGUUAUAA